ACCUUUGAUAUCGCCCUCCUGAAAUUAUCCACACCGUUGGAUCUCACACGACCGAACAUCAGUAUCGUAAAUCUCCCUACCGCACAAAAUACCACACUGCCACAAUUGAGUGAAACGGGUGUUAUUGCUGGAUUUGGGUACUUUUUGCAUCCCGACAUGGAACCAACCAUCGCUCAGUUAGCCACACUUAAAUUUGUGGCACAUCAAAUAUGUGCUCAACGCCAUGGGGUGUACAGUCCUACUUACAACCCUUGCAUCGACGACGAUGUAACAAGACCCACCUUUGAUAUCACUCUCCUGAAAUUAUCCACACCGUUGGAUCUCACGCGACCGAACAUCAGUAUUGUAAAUCUCCCCACUGCACAAAAUACCGCACUGCCACAACUGAAUGAAACGGGUGUUAUUGCAGGAUUCGGUUACUUUUUGCAUCCCGACUUGGAAAAAACCACCGCUCAGUUAGCCACAUUUAAAGUUGUGACAACAGAAAUGUUCUCAACUCCACGGAGCGUACAAUCCUACGUAAAACUUUUGCAUCGACGACGAUGUAACAAGACGUGCGACGCCGUUUACUCAGUUAUUAAUGAAAAUGCGUAUUGGCGAACUGUGAAACUACGCUUGCACAGCGGUUUCAUGACGGAACUCGUUCAAUUACUGGCCAGGUUGGACAAGUUACUCGAGGACCGAACAACUGAGUGUUUUCACCAAGCCAUUGCACAGCGGAGCUCGAAAGUGUUC